AUGCUCACAACAACAUUGUAUGUGACCAUCGAGCCAUGUCUGAUGUGUGCAUCUGCACUACGUCAAAUUGGCAUUCAGCGCGUAGUAUUUGGCGCAGGAAAUGAACGUUUUGGCGGUAAUGGUACAGUACUGCCAAUUCACUCAAGAAAAUACCAAAGGUAUGCUGCUAAGCACUAA